ACAUGCGUGGAGGCCGGCCUGGAGACCACCAUCCUUCUGGAUGGGGGGAUGUCUCUGAGGGUGUCGAGCUUCUUCUGUGGCUCUGGACGUGGGUACCUCUCUUGGCCAGCGCAGUACACUCCAGCACGACCAGCAGCUGUGGUGUUUUAGCGCUAGCUCUGCAAAACCGGGAAGGCCAGGCCUAGGUGGGCGCGUUGGGUGGGUCUCCGGCUGCGAUUUCCCUGGAGGCUCUUGGCCGCAGGGGCGGCGCGUUCCCGCUUGCAGAGGGUGGGAAGGGGAUUCUGGACGCCGCGCGCCAGCUUCCAUUAAGCGUCCGGGGCCACGCGGGGCCCGGAGAGCACAGCCCCGCCCAGCUGGCGGCCGCCCCCGGCAGGCACUUCUGAGAGGAGAAGAGAAGGGAGCAAGGACCGAGGGAGGGGCGACGUACUUCCUGAACCGCCUGCACACCCUGGGUCGCGAGCUCGGCCUGCCCUGCGCCGCGAUGUCCGGAGGGUCAGCCAGGAGCCUAGCGAAGGGAAGCGCGCCCCCGGGGCCGGUCCCCCAGGGCCUGAUCCGCGUCUACAGCAUGAGGUUCUGCCCGUUCGCCCAGAGGACGCUCCUGGUCCUGAAGGCCAAGGGAAUUGGGCAUGAAAUCAUCAACAUCAACCUGAAAAAUAAGCCUGAGUGGUUCUUUACGAAGAAUCCCUUUGGUCUGGUGCCAGUUCUGGAAAACAGUCAGGGUCAACUGAUCUAUGAAUCUGCCAUUACUUGUGAGUACCUGGAUGAAGCAUAUCCAGGGAAGAAGCUGUUGCCAGAUGACCCCUAUGAGAAAGCUUGCCAAAAGAUGGUCUUUGAGUUAUUUUCUAAGGUUCCCCCUUUGGUAACAAGCUUCAUUAGAAGACAAAAUAACGAAGACGGCUCUGGCCUAAAAGAAGAAUUGCGUAAAGAAUUCAGCAAGUUAGAGGAGGUUCUGACCAAUAAGAAGACAACCUUCUUUGGUGGCAAUUCUCUUUCUAUGAUUGAUUACCUCAUCUGGCCCUGGUUUGAACGGCUCGAAGUUCUGGAGUUAAAUGAGUGUGUAGAUCACACUCCAAAACUUAAGCUCUGGAUGGCAGCCAUGAGGGAAGAUCCUGCAGUGUCCUCCCUCCUCAUUGAGGCGAAGGCCCUUCGAGGUUUCUUAGAUCUCUACUUGCAGAACAGCCCUGAGGCCUGUGAUUAUGGGCUCUGAUGGGGGCAGGAGUCAGCCAUGAAGAGACGUCUGAUAUUUUCCUUCACGAAUACGAGGAAAACAUGCUUUCAUUUUACCAAA